GUGAUGGAUGUGGACACACUGUUCUGGGUCCUGAAAGUGGAACUCUUGCUUCAAUAAACUACCCACAGACCUCUCCCAACAGCACAGUUUGUGAAUGGGAAAUUCGUGUAAAGCCUGGGCAGCGAGUUCAGCUCAAAUUUGGCGAUUUUGAUAUUGAUGACUCAGAUUCUUGUCAUUCCAGUUACUUAAGAGUUCACAAUGGGAUUGGCCCCAACAGGACAGAGAUAGACCUAAUUACCUGUUUAGACAAUGCAAGCCACUUUUCUGAACCAGAAUUCAAUAAGUAUUGUCCAGCUGGAUGUGUGAUUCCUUUUGCUGAUAUUUCAGGCACUAUUCCCCAUGGAUACAGAGACUCGUCAUCGCUUUGUAUGGCUGGUGUUCACGCAGGCGUUGUGUCAAAUACUCUGGGUGGCCAAAUUAAUGUUGUAAUCAGCAAGGGGAUUCCAUACUAUGAAGGCUCCCUGGCUAACAAUGUCACCUCAAAAGUGCAACCGUUAUCUACAAGUCUCUUCACAUUUAAGACAAGCGGUUGCUAUGGGACACUGGGGAUGGAAUCUGGGGUAAUCCCUGAUUCCCAGAUCACAGCAUCAUCUAUUCUUGAGUGGUCUGACCAAACAGGACACGUCAACAUUUGGAAACCUGAAAAUGCCAGACUAAAGAGAGUUGGUCCUCCUUGGGCUGCUUUUAUCGGUGAUGAACACCAGUGGUUGCAGAUUGACUUGAAUAAAGAAAAGAGAAUAACAGGUAUUAUAACUACUGGAUCAACCUUAGCAGAGUACUACUAUUACGUCUCAGCCUACAGAAUUUUAUACAGUGAUGAUGCACAGAAAUGGACAGUAUACAGAGAACCUGGCCUGGAUAAAGAUAAGAUAUUUCAAGGGAACACCGAAUUGUACCAGGAAGUUCGCAACAAUUUCAUUCCACCUAUUAUUGCACGCUUUUUCAGGAUUAACCCCUUAAAAUGGCACCAGAAAAUUGCAAUGAAAGUGGAAUUGCUAGGAUGUCAGUUCAGCAUAGGCCGUGCUCCUAAAAUUACCAUGCCACCACCACCUCGGAACAAGAAUGAUGACAAGAAUGAUGACAAGAAUGAUGACAAGAAUGAUGACAAGAAUGAUGACUUCAGUGAUGACUUCAUUCAUUCAGUGAAGACUUCAUUGCAGACAGAUAAAACAACCUUCACACCUGAAAUAAAAAACACCACAGUGACUCCAAGUGUAACCAAAGAUGUGGCAUUGGCAGCAGUUCUGGUUCCAGUGCUGGUGAUGGUCUUCACUACUCUGAUUCUUAUCUUAGUUUGUGCGUGGCAUUGGAGAAACCGCAAGAAAAAAACUGAGGGCACUUAUGAUCUACCUUACUGGGAUCGUGCAGGAUGGUGGAAAGGAAUGAAGCAGUUUCUCCCAAGCAAAUCAGCAGAACAUGAAGAAACUCCCGUACGCUACAGCAGCAGUGAAAUUAGUCACCUAAGACCAAGAGAGGUGCCAACAGUGCUGCAAACAGAGUCUGCAGAGUAUGCUCAGCCACUGGUAGGGGGAAUUGUCGGCACGCUCCAUCAGAGAUCAACCUUUAAACCGGAGGAAGGGAAAGAAGCAAGUUACGCCGAUUUGGACCCUUACAAUUCACCUGUACAAGAAGUUUACCAUGCUUAUGCUGAACCACUGCCUAUAACUGGACCAGAAUAUGCAACUCCAAUAAUCAUGGACAUGUCCAGCCAUCCCAGCACACCUCUUGGCGUUCCUUCCAUUUCCACCUUCAAAGCUGCAGGGAAUCAAGCUCCUCCACUGGUUGGAACUUACAAUAAACUCCUAUCUAGGACAGACAGCACAUCAUCAGCACAGGCGCUGUACGAUACACCAAAGGGGCAACCGGGGCCAGGUGCCACCGCUGAAUUGGUGUACCAGGUACCACAGACCACAGCCCAUUCAACUGGGAGUAAGGAUGAACCGAGUUAGCUCAUGAGGAAGGU